GUCCUUCGCUUGCUUUGAAUGGAAGAAUGUGGAGAAAAAGUGGCCAACAAAUGUAGAUAAAAUCACACACAGAUAUCUAGGUAGGAGAAGAAAAAGAAGGAUUGAUAGAUCUAGGCAGGCUGGAAGAAGCUCUAGAGCCCUAGAGAAGAGAAUAGAUAGACAAUGGGGUCUGAUGCGAGGCCUGGCGGCUUCGAUUGCUUGGAAGAGCUAGUGCGGCACAAGGGAUGCGUUGUCAAGGAUGGCGGAUUUGCAACGCAGCUGGAGAAGCACGGCGCUCUCCUCAACGAUCCGUUGUGGAGCGCGCUCUGCCUCAUCACCAAUCCGGGCCUCAUCGCUAAGGUGCAUUGGGAGUACUUGGAAUCGGGAGCGGAAGUUCUUGUCACAUCCUCGUAUCAGGCCACACUUCAGGGAUUCCAGUCUCGUGGGAUAAGUCUGGAAGAAAGCGAGGCUCUUCUCCGCAAAAGCGUGACGCUGGCUUGUGAAGCUCGGGAUCGGUUCUGGAGGACAAAGAGAGCUCAAGGAGCUGAGAGAUUUAAUCGUCCUCUAGUCGCAGCUUCGAUUGGAAGCUAUGGAGCAUUUCUAGCAGAUGGUUCCGAGUAUAGCGGUGACUAUGGUCCAGGAAUGACUCUAAAAAAGCUCAAAGAUUUCCAUCGACGAAGGCUUCAAAUUCUUAGCAGCUGCGGCCCAGACUUACUUGCCAUCGAAACAAUUCCCAGCAAACUCGAAGCUCAGGCUUUUAUCGAGUUGCUCGGAGAGGAGGAUAUUGACGUACCAGCAUGGAUAGCAUUUAGCUCCAAAGACGGGAAAAAUGUGGUGUCUGGAGACAACUUCUCGGAAUCCAUAGCCAUGCUCGAUAAGUGUGACAAAGUUGUGGCUGUGGGAAUCAACUGCUGUCCUCCACAUUUUGUGGAAGGACUUAUUCACGAAGCUCGCAAGGCUACCUCAAAAACAAUCGUGGUUUAUCCUAACAGUGGAGAGCAAUAUGACCCGAAGACCAAACUUUGGAAGCAUGAAGAGAAUUGUGAAAAGGAUUUUAUGGCGUUUGUCAAAAACUGGAAGCGAGCUGGGGCUAAUGUGAUUGGUGGCUGCUGCCGAACGACUCCAGACACAGUGAGAGGUAUUUGCUCGGCAAUUUUUUGAAACAUAAACCCAGCCAGCUCUCAAUUUUGUAUAACUCAUAAAAAAUAUGUUCACUCAAACGCAAAUCUCAGAGGCUCUAGAUAAGAGCGGGGCGCAAAGGUUGCCCCAUUUAGUCUAUUCUUGAAGAAAAAGAAGAGUUGCUCAAGGCUGCUCGGAGGCAAGAAAAUCAAGGUGAAGCAGCAGCAGAAGACGAAGAAGACCGUGGCGGAAGUUCAACAAGAGCCGCAUGGAUCCAGGUGCUGCAAUAGAAAGGGCUUUCGUGGAGUGAAGACGGGAAGGUAAGGUGGACGCUCUCUUGCUGCUGGCCAUGGCCUCAGGGAUGCUGUGAAGAUGAUGAUUGCAAAGUGAGGAGAAGCAGACAGGGUAUGCCAAGGCAUGGCAUUAAUAACAGCUAUAUUAAUCCUUCCUUUGAGAUUAUGACUUUAGAUCAACACAAUAUACUUUAUAGCAUAAUGUUUUAA